CCACAUAGUCCGUGUAUGUUUCGGCCGGCUGAGCGAGAGGACGAGCAAAUCCGAAGUCGCAGAGCUUUACGACACCUAAUCGUGAAACAAGGACGUUUUCAGGUUUAACAUCUCGGUGUAUCACCUAGAUAAAUCGUCACCGAGACCUCCACCACCUCGGCUCUCCAACUCGUCCAGAACAGUGUGUUCUAGAUAUUCAAAUACUAAAUAAAAUCUGCGCUUUCUGCGGAAUACUUCUAUCAUGUUGACUAGAUUUUCAUGGCGCAGUUUCUGAAAAUGUAGAAGAUCGUUGUGCGUACGUGCAGUUGAGGUGAUGCGCCAUAUCGCGUAGGUUCGGCCAGUUAGUAGAGGCAUUCGAUGCUUUGAUGGUGCAUCGAGUACAACAACUUGUCUUUUGUCAUUAUAUGAUUGCAUAAGAGUGAAUGUGCUCGAUUUAGCUCAUUUUAAUAAUCAAAUUAUGUGCUCGGGAUGACGAGACGAUAGUAUGGCUUCAGCCACAUUGCAAUCGGCGACACUAGUCCAAAGGCACCAGAGAAUCACGAUGGGAUUCACGGAAGCUGCCGCACCUGUUGAUGUCAACGUUUACCGCAGUCAUGGGCCACCAGCCCCUCCUGGCUUAAAUUGGCUUUACUUACAAAUUCCUGAUGGUAGGGCACCUGCCGUCAAUCUUCCGGAAUCACAAAUUGUGGGUAAAUUAUCUCAUGGGCUAUGGCAACCUUUUCCUAGUGCUCGCCAACAACCGCCAAAUGUAAUAAAUAGUCGUCAGACAGUCAACUGUCAUCAUGGCCCUCCCGCCGUCUUUUGUUUCGAGCCUCCUCCUCCUGUCAUUCCAUGCACAUCAGGUGUAGGAAGCAGUGUUAAUAACACAAGACUUGAUUUAAUAAAUAAUUUGACGGAGCACAUCAACGAUUUAACCAUUUCCAACAUGGAAGAUGUUUCAAGUCGCAAACGGCAGUCACGGCCGCCACCGUCCUCGUAUUUGUGUCACCUUUGUUUCAAGAAAGGACACUAUAUUAGAGACUGCCCUUAUGCACGACCUAAAGGAGAAGGGUUGACGCCUUAUCAAGGUAAAAAGAGGUGCUUUGGUGAAUACAAAUGUCCUAAAUGUAAGCGCAAGUGGAUGUCGGGCAAUUCGUGGUCCAACAUGGGCCAAGAAUGUAUCAAGUGCCACAUUAAUGUUUAUCCUCAUAAGCAGAGACCAUUGGAAAAACCGGAUGGAUUAGACGUAUCUGAUCAGUCGAAAGUGCACCCACAACAUUUGUGUGAGAAGUGCCGAUCUCUGGGCUUCUACUGUCGGCGGGUCCAAUAA